GUAGAUGUGGUGACCGGAGGAAGUAAUACACGCGGCACCGUUACCAAAUCAUCGGGGCAAAGAAAGCCAUCAAAGAUUGAUGAUUAAAAAGACCAAGCUGUCCUUCUGAUAGAAGUGUUCAGAGUAGUCCCGAAACAUAUAUUUGUGCUCAUGGCAACCACGCUGGAUUUCAGGACCCAUGUCGACCAGUCCUGCAGAUAUUCAGAAGAAUUUGUCAACAUUUAUUAUGACUGCAUGGAUAAGAAAAGGAGGAACUUGACCCGACUCUACCUGGACAAGGCAACCUUGGUGUGGAAUGGAAAUGCUGUGUCAGGACAGGACGCCCUGGGGGAGUUUUUUGAGUCCCUGCCAUCGAGCGAGUUCCAAGUUCAUACACUAGAUUGUCAACCAGUUCACGAACAAGCAACUCAAGGCCAGACCACACUGCUCGUGGUGACUGGUGGGACUGUCAAGUUUGAAGGGAACAAACAGCGCUUCUUCAACCAGAAUUUUCUUUUAACAGCUCAGGCUUCACCCAACAAUGACCAGCCUGUUUGGAAGAUUGCUAGUGACUGUUUCCGUUUUCAAGACUGGAAUAGCUGAAACUCUCAUUUCCCUCUAAAACGUUUUAACACAGUGAUCAUCUUGAGACUUAGGAUGCCGUUUUGUUCAUUUCUAUAUUUUUGUAAUAAAAUAAACAUGUCAUACAACA